CACACACACACACACACACACAGAGCUCUGCUUGGACACCAAGGGAGCUGAAGUCGAUAUUCACUUAAACAGCAACCUCUACAUGCCUCUGGCUCUUCAGGUAUGCUGCAUUAGACUUCAGGAACAGGAACAGCUCACAUUCUGCUCAGUCGAUUGUGAGGAAAUCUUCUCAGGCGAUUUGGAUAACACUUUUACCACCUUUUAGUCUUUACGCUCUACACACAUCAGCACGUUUUCACAGACACCAGAUCACCCAGCAACACCAUAACAAUCAGCACCAAUUGAUCCGCACCAAUAACAGAGAUCUUCAGUCUGACUGGAAACUGCAAGAAUUGGAGCCUUCCUUCUUUUCUUCACCUGACAUUUUUCAUCGUAACCACUGAAUUCUGAAAAUCCUGAUAUGAAUCUGUCGUUGGACAACCCUUACGGAGACGUCAGCAUUCCCCGAGCCAAGCUGCGCUCGUAUGAUGACUCCAGCAUGGUCAUCAUCAACCCCAUGGCGCUGGAGAGCUCAUACAAUGGCAACGCUUCCCAAAACCCCUAUGGCAGUUUCAAAGUCCCGGGAGGGGACGCUCCGUCCGGCGUGCCUGUCUACGGCCAGGCUAAAGACGGCAAUCUGAACAGUAACUACACCAUCAAGGAUGACGAGGAGCAGGUGAGCCGCUGUUAUGCUUGCUGCUGCCGCUGUCGCAGGAGGAAGUGAGAAGGUCUGGAGUGAAGCGUGGACUUGCAUGGAUUUGCAUUGGAAACAGUAAAGUAGGAAUUGCUUUCUAAACCAGAGGUCGAAUUAUUGACCACCGAGAACGGGCGGCUUCCCAAGACCCUGCUGAGAAGUGGAGACCAUGUUAUUAACAGAACUAGUUGCAAACAGAACAGUGUUAACACUAUAUGAUGUAUAAUUGAGCUAAACAUGGUCUUAGAGCUGAACAUGAUACUGUACUGAACAAGAAUGAUAGCAUAUCUACAGUAAUUUAUUUUCAGCUUCUCUUAGUAAAGUCAUUUUGUGUUUUGUUUUUUUUUCAAUUAGCUUCAACAUGCUUAAUAACAAGCAGUAUUGGAAUUCAGUGCCUUCGUUAUGCUAUUCAGGUUUGCGCUCGGGGAUCCCUCAAGGCACCAUUCUGAGACCAUUUUUCUUGGUCUUCUGUGAUUCUUUGUCUGCUGGUGGAAGAAUAAGACAAGAGUCAAGUUUCAUUCAUACAUACAAAAAGAGAUCCAGUAAUGUAUGUCUGGUUAGGGAUAGAGAUAAGAAAUACACCCAGUUCCUCAUAGAUCAAGACUGAAAUUGGUGUACAGUGGUGUCUGGGACUUAAAAGUGGAAAUGAUUUUGUUUGAAUUAAAGAAAAAACAAGCAAGGAAGCAGUCUGAAUCUUCACGAUAUUUCUAAAUAUUUCUAGGUCUCUAUUUAAAUGUAAGCAAAUUUAGGGACUCUGAACAUAACAAACCUUUUGUACUAAAGGCCAGAUUUUUUUUUCCUCGAGUCUCGCCUUUGAAGCAGGUGUUCACAUUCAGGUGACGCCACAGGGGAAAUGUUUGGUGUCUUAAUUUGAUGUAAAUAUUUAUAAGAUUUUUCUUUUCCACUUUUCUGUUGACAAUAGCGCGAUCUGAAACGUAUUCGAUUCGAAAAAUAAAUGAAACUUUGCACUACCUAUAUCGCAAGAGCCCUGAACCUCCCUGUUUGUUAAGGUGAAACUUUAAGUCAGGUAAUAAUGAAGAGCAACAGAAAAUACUUUCGAGUCAUGGUGUGCCGUUCACAGGAAAUAAUUAAUUACAGUUGAAGAACAGACAUCGUUAGAAUUAAUAUAAUUAGGUCAAAGUGAAAAAACGGUUUCUUUUCAUUCCUGUUGAAUCACCACUAUCGCUGUCACGGUUAUUGAUGUGGAAGUAGGGGAGGUUUUUAAGGUCAACACCUAGUUACAACUGCGAUACACACACUGUAUACUGUAAAUCAUACACACGCACACACACACGCACACACACACAAACAAACACAAACACACCUGCUUUCCAUCUGCGUUUGUUUAUAGACAGGAAAAGCAUCACUAAAAUGAGCAGACUCUUUUUUCUCUCUUUUUUCCAACAGAUUGAAUGAAGAAUGUUUGAUUAAAUGUGUUUAUAAUCUUACAUUAUAUUUAUUUCUUAGCCCAUGACAUUAGUUGGCUAGAUACUGUAUAUCGGAAGCUACUAUCACUGAUUCGGUUAAAUAGAUAUACGUAUGUGUGAUUUGUGGAAUGUCAAAUGUCAUGAAUCUAAAAUGGUAACUUUAGACAUUUGCCAUUUUUUUGUGAAAGCUGUGGAUCCACAUUAUUGGUAUUAAAGCUACAACUGAU